UAGAAUUUUGAAAUUGUUAUCGCGAGACACAGAAGAGAAAAUAAGGGCAUGUUUGGCUUCAACUAGUUAAUAAAUCAUUUUAACUACCACUCAACACAAAACCUUCCGAUUUCCGUUUUCUUCUUCUUGGUUGUUCAACUCGUCACGACGUCGUUCUCUAGGGUUUCAAUCUACAUUGGUCAAAAUCUUGAAUACGGAGAUGACUUUCAUACGUGCAAGCUUGGAAGACAAGAGAGUGAAACUGAAAUUUGAUAUGCUCUACCACUGAUUGCAGCCAAAAGAUGGCACAACUGUGGAGCAAGAUUUAUUUUGUAAAGGACAAUUAGAUCUUUCCCUACAAUAGACUUUGACCCUGCAGGCGUGUCUGAAAUUAAAUAACUUACUGCAAUGGAUCUUAAUUUGGCUAAGAAUUCUUCUCCACCUCGUCCCAGAUGGAGAAAAGUAGCAUAUGGUGGUAUGCAACCUGGUUAUGAUGACAAUCAUACUGAUGAAUCUUUCCUGGAAGGAAUGGUCAUGAAUGCUAGUGUUGUAAAAAGGGACAUGCUAAAGGUGAUGUUGGACUCGGUUUCCAUUUCUGAAUAUUUAUGCAUUGUUGCUCUUGUUGUCUUGGUCUGGACUCGUACACUUACGUCAACUAUUGAUGAAAAUUCUCUCCUAUUUAUUGAUGUAAGUCUUCUUAUUUCAGGUUUUUUAGUUCUCCUUUUUACUCAAGAAAUGCUUUCCCUUAGCCUUCUCCUCCAUUAUUUCCUUAACAUCUCCUUUUUCAUAACCGUAUUAUACAUUUUGGCUCCCAUCUAUCAAACUCUUACAAGGUCCAUUAGUUCGGAUUCCAUUUGGGCAGUGGCUGCAUCACUUCUUGUACUUCACCUUUUUCUGCAUGACUAUUCAGAAUCCACGGUCAAAGCACCGGGGGCUCUGAAGAAUCCUGCAUUGACCAGUUGUAUCUCUGUAAAUGCUUCUGUAGUCGCCUCUGUUUUUGUUGCUUCUCGUCUUCCAUCAAGACUGCAUGUGUUCGGUAUCAUGUUAUUCUCAUUGCAGGUUUUCCUUUUUGCUCCUCUGGUUACUUACUGUAUUAAAAAAUAUUCCUUCCGCUUGCACCUAUGCUUUUCUUUCAGUUUGAUGGCCAUGACCUUAAGUUUUGUGUACAUGCUGCAUCCCCUACUUUUUGUGCUGCUGCUUAGUUUGUUGGUUUUUGUCAACGUGGUCUGCCCUUAUUGGCUUAUAAGGAUUCAGGAGUACAAGUUUGAGAUCAAUGGACCUUGGGAUGAGGCUAAACUUUGUUUUGAUAUUACAGACUGAAAGCUGAGCAUGGUGGGUGUUACAUUGUAGUACCUAGUGAGAGAGAGUUGUUUAGCUAGGAGUAUAAUUUGCUGACUACUUGAUCUAGUUUAUGGGAACGUCCUUACAGUUCAUGUCAGGGAAGGGUUUCAAUAUGACAAUUGUAUUCGUGCUUUAGAAUUUGACUAACGAUGGUUUAAAAUUUCUUUGGGUACGAUGGAAGUAUAUUCACAAUUUGUUGUGCA